AUGUCUUCCCCAAUUGAGGAACGUGGGGAGCGUGAGGAACGUGAAGAACGUGAAGUUGUUCGUCGCCUUGUGGUGGCUGGUCGUUUUAGAAGAGCCUCACAGCCACACUGGACACAGAGACUCCCCUAUGAGCUACGACAGGAUUGGGGCCUUAUUCCUGGAGAAUCCCGAGAGCAAAAAUCGCAGCACAACAACACUUCUGCCGUGUCUCUCUCCGCCGCCCGCUCGAAUUUUGAUCCUGAUGCCCCUGCUCGACCUGCAUCUUCUCUUUCCUCUUCUUCAUCCUACGAACCGCCCCCUUACAAGUCCCCCUCUCAAGUUGCAUCAACAGAGCAUCUUGAACAACUUCCAGGCCGGGAAAUCGAGCCUAGCUCGUCUGAUUUCCGGCCCGCUUCACCUCACCGGCAGACUCAGUCGUCAUCAGAGCGAAGCUCGCCUGUCUCGCGGCUGCUCUGCUCCAGCCAGGACUCCUGCGGUGAACGCUUGGAUGACUGCCUCCCUCUUCCGUCUGUCUCUCCUCGCCCCUCCGGACCUAACAGUCCGCCACCAGCUUACCCUGGGAUCCCUGCCCCGAAGACCGAAGUCGAGGGACAGCUGGUGCACUUGCUAGAGGGUGCCCAAGAGCAGACUGAGGCUUUACAGGCCUCAUCUGAAGAGGAGAAUGACCUGACCUCCGUGGAGUCGAUUGACUUCUACCUGGACCAGGCUAUCGGCACUUCUCUUCUGGCUCUCCGACCAGCAGCUCACGCUGGCCCAGCUCCCUCGGUGACGAUCCCUUCAAACGUCGUUGGAUCUUCUCCCGAGCCCACCAAGCGGGUUCGUUGCCGUAGCGCCCGGCAAAGGAAGAAGAACAGAAAGGCGCGCAAGAUGGGCAACGUCCUAGUUGCUCCCGGGGUCGUUUCAGAGACCACCGACAAGCCGGAGAACGACGUUAUUCGUACCCCUUCUCCCCGUCCUUCCCCCGUUGCGUCACCCGUCGCGUCGCCCGUCGCUUUGCCCGUUGCUUUGCCUGUUGCGUCCCCCGUCGCAUCUUCUGCGGCUCAGACCACCGUUCCCCAAGGCCGCCGCAACAACAACAAGAAGAAAAGGAACAAGCGGGCGUGGAAGAAGAAGAGUGUCCGCAAUGCCGAGCCAGUCGGCACAGCUCUUCUUGAGGCAUCCACGGAGCCUCAAAGCACGGACUUGGCGGCUCCUGUCAAGGAGUACGUUGAGCCGUGUAUCGUGGACACGGAGUCGUGGCGCCAGCGCAAGCUGGCUGAGGUAGAGAAAGAGAAGGAGAAGGCGCAGGAAUCAGGCGCUUUGCUCGAGAUCGCCGUGAACGUUGGUGGUGCUACUGCCCACUCAGAGCACAUGUGUGAGAGUAGCGACUUUCCAAUCCCGAUGCAAGGUCAAUUGGGAUACUCUCAGCGCUCGCAGGAGAUUGAAGCGAGUACUGAGUAUCGUCAGCUGCCGUCCGCCUUUCCUGUCGCUGCCACUGGGGCUUUCCGCCCUUGGCCCUACGGUCUCCCCCCCGUUUUCUUCCCUGUGGCUCCUUUCCCUUCCGUCGCCGCCCAACAGGGUAUUCUCCCAGCUGCCCUCAUCGAACAAGCCAGUGGCAUGUCUGAGUCGGCAGGCCCCGAGUCGAGCUUGGGCGAGCCUGUCAGUGAGCCAUUGAUCGACUACGAGGGCUCAGUGACCGUUGAAGAGGCCGACAUGCAGUCUCCCAGCCUGUAUUUCGACGCCCAAAUGGAGACGACUGCUGAGACUGGCACUCUGGGAUCACAAGACCAGGCGACCAACGAGUUCGUUCAGUCCGAGGAGGCUGGGCUCUUUGAUCCACUGGCUUUCCUGACCUGGCAUCUCAAUUCGAUGUUCGGCCAUCCUGAGCUUGCGGACAUUCAGCUUUUCCUGAGUCCCAAGUCUGAUUCUGCUGGGAUUGCCUUCCCUUUACACAGGGUGAUUCUGGCAGCAAGUCCGUUCUUGCGCAGCGUGAUGGCAGCUAAAAGCUAUCAUGAAGGGCGGGUUGACGACAUCCGGGCUUUCACCGGACAUUCCUUCGCCUCCUCGGCGGCCUUUGUUAUGGCCCUCCGUACCCUGUACGGUACUCCCUUGAUGAGCAGCGCGACCCUGCGAGCGGCGACUCUGGAGGGGCUUGCUCUUUCAGAGGACGAAAUCACCGCAUCGUUCUCAGUGGAGCGUGCGAUGGUCGACUUCGCACUAUGUUACGCUGCUACAGGUGCGUUCCUCGCCCACCACGAGAUCACCCACCGUGGCAUCGACAUGGCUCUCGAACACCUUUCUUGGGAGACAGCCGAGGUCAUCCUCAAUUUCGGCAUCAACCCGGCCGAUUACAUGGUGACAUGCCCCGAAGUAUCCUUCUCUCCGGUGACUCUGUCACUUUCUUCUUCUGGUUUUCCCGUCGUCAAGAUUGACCACUUUGACGACUUCCAACAUGUCCAGGCUAAUCGGGCUCAGACUGCGGCUCUCAAGUUCAUCACUGGCGCAAUCACCCCGGACUUUGAGCUCUACCACCGUGCUCAGGCACGCUUUACUCCAACCCGGAUUCCGCCUCCUCUUCACACCCUUCCAUAUUCGGCGUGUAGAGACUCCCGUCUUGAGAACAUUCGGUUUGGUAGCAUGCCCUCUUACGCUGAUCUUCGCCCUAAGGACCCGGCAAUCCUUGUUCCUUCGGCCAUGCUAAUCACUCUCCCAUACCACGUCCUUCGAACUGCCGCCGCUAUCAUGAGAGAACAAGGCAAUUUGACAAGCGAGCUUCUCGAGGAGGUCAUAAAGGUACGGGAAGAGCGUCGCUUACAGGCUCUGCGUGAGGCUAUUCGAUACGGACACGCCAAAGUCAAAUCUGAAGACUGGGCCGAGUUGGGUUUCAAGGAAUUUGUAGACUACCAUCUCCAGCGGGCUGAUAGCCCUCACCCUGGCCGCGUCAUGGUUGGCCAUGAAGUUCCCGGUUGUCGACCUCCUGUGACCACCACCAAGGCUGGAAGCACCCACACCAGCGACAAGAAGAACACGGACACUCAGAAUGUUGAGAACACUAGCAACCAGGAGGCUGAGAAACCAGAAUCGUAG